ACUACUUCAGUACUAAGUAACUUAAAGAAUAGCUCAAGAUUAUGUCACAAAAUACUAAAACUUACAAGGACGCAUUUGCCUUAUUUGACAAGAAAGGUACAGGUAAGAUUCCUGUUGAACAUUUAGGUGAUUUAUUAAGAGCAGUAGGUCAAAAUCCUACAUUAGCAGAAAUUUCUGAAUUACAAAGUACUAUUCCAUCUAAUGAUUUUGAUUUUGAUACUUAUCAAAAAAUCAUUAAUAGACCAGAUGGUUUUAAACCAUUGGGUUUACCAGAAGAUUAUAUAAAGGGAUUUCAAGUAUUUGAUAAAGAACAAACCGGUUAUAUUGGAGUUGGAGAAUUAAGAUACAUUUUAACAUCUAUUGGAGAAAAAUUAUCUGAUUCUGAAGUUGAUGAACUUUUGAAAGGUGUCAAUGUUACUUCUGAAGGUAAUGUUGAUUAUGUUGAAUUUGUUAAAUCUAUAUUAGAUCAAUAAGUAAUACUGUGUAUUUGUAAUUCAUACUUUCUUUCUUGUGAUACUUAUGGAAUAUAUAUUGGGUUUUAUCUGA